UGCUUUUCCAAUUCCAGAUUGAUCUCGUACUCAGAAAUUCGCACCCUGAUGAAUGGGGAAAGCAGCCUAUGGGUGCUAUAUCAAUAAUACAUUUUAUGCAUACUUUUCCCCCUUUUUUGGGAGUUGACUCUGAAAUCAAACGUGAGAAAGGUACAUCUCGACCAAGGGCAAUCUUCACUCCAUAAUACUCCAUAUAAUAGUGGUCACACCACUUCCAAGUGUCUAAUUCCUUUUUGAUACACGCAGAGUACUGUUUUGUUUGUUGUAUGAUGGAUUUUGUGCAGUAGCUCGUUAUGCAUCCAGAUCUGGGUUGGAAUUGGUGUGAUGCUCAUUAUGUCCCCUCUAAAUUAAAGGAGAAUAGACCAGGAAUGUGGUUACCAUGGUUGCCAAGCUCCAUUUGUUCCUUUCACGCGUUUGAUUGGUAGGGUCAACUUAAUUCAAAACAUAGGUCGGACCAUUUAAUUUGCGAUAAGUGUCGGGGCACUUGCAAGCUCCAUAUACUUUAGGAUCUUAUACGUCAGAUCUUGCAUAAAGGAAGGACGAGAGGUCGAUAAAUGCUUUGGAUUUGUGGUGUCAAGCAUCUGACUACUGCAGAUUCAGCAAUCAUUGCUUAUAUUAUAUGCAGGCAAGGUUGGAGGCACUUUUCAGUUAUAAGCCCCCUGCCGUGUGUGUGCUACAGAUCAGAGUUUCUGUUAUCCACUUAUCAAUUAUUAUGCUGUUGCUACAGUAAAGUUUACCUAAUUUGUUCUUUGAAAGUCAAUGGAGGUCAAAGUUGAAUACAAACAAGAAUCAGCUGUGAACUAACUCGACUUAUGAAAAAUUGUCCAAAGUUCUAAUACAAUUUAACUCCCUUUUUGUUGAUCUUUCGUAAAAGAGAAAAAUAUUUGGCUGUUAUUUUGUGUGUAAUAUUCUUCUCUGUCCAUGGAUGUUGUAUCUUUAGUUUCUUGGUUGGCAAAUGGUGUUGAAGUUCCACCAACUUAAGCUUUUAAAUGAACUGGCCAUUGCAUGCAACUCAGUAUGUUAUUAGAGCCCAAAGGUUCCAAGUUCGAACCCUAGCUAGCGCAGUUUCAGUUUAAUGAUUUAUGCCCACUUAUAUUCAACAUCUGAAGCCAAAGGGACCUAGACAUGAGGGAGAGUAUUGAAGUAUAAGUGAAUUGUCUACCCUUUCUCGUAUAAGUGAAUUGUCUACUUUUCUCCAUCAAGCUAAGAAGAUUUUGAGUGAAACAACUGGUGCAUGCACCCCAAUAAGGGAAGUAGCCCAGGACAUCUUUAUUGCUAAUCCAGAACCCAGAUUAUUGUAGCCUUACAGAAUGCUUGGAGGAAAGGCUUCAACCAGAAACUACAAAGAGGUUUUGAUUCCAUAGUGAUCCUAGUGGCUUGGGUUCUAUGGAAAGAGUGCAACAAUCGGGUCCUCAAUAUCAAAUCCCGAAACUGGGUGCAACUAAUCAACUCUAUUGCCGAAGAAGCGCGGCCCUGGGGUCACUGCAGGGAUCAAACUGCCCCAACUGGUAGUUUGAGCGCGGUAGCUCUGUUAGGUCGCAAAAGUUGUUGGGAGAAACCCAUGUAAUUUUUCUGUGGCCUGCUAGUUAGCACGGCCGGAUGUUGAACUAUCUCCUUGAUACAAAGAUGUGCAAGCCUUUGCGUAUUCCCUAAAAAGAGUGCUAGGGUGAUCUAUUGUUUUAGCCCACUAAUCAGAAAGUUGCACAUGCUAUUUUAGUGAAUAAUUAAUCUCAUUCUAUUUAAGUUUAACUAUUUUCGCGAACACGCAAAAGGAUUGCACGUCAAUAUAUUAGAAGAAAGCAAAAAAGUUUUUGUUACACAACGCAAUCAGCCAGACAGCCAAUUUAACUAUUUAAGUUUAACUAGCUUGUACUAGAGAAUUCUCUCCUUGGAUUUUAAAACAUUUUCAAGUGCUGCCUGCUUCUCCCUUGGAGAAGGUUGGCAUGACAAUUCUCACUACUUGGACUAACAGUUCAAGUUCUGACCUCUGUGGGCAAUGUUGCUGUGAGCAGCUCCAGCAUGGUCCAUCACAAACAAUAAUGCACCAGAAUAAUUUUUAUGCAUUCAUACAAGUUGCUUUUCUAGAAGCAAAGGUGAAAGGUCCAAGUUUCAGUGAGAUGAGAAUGGACCAGUUAAGUUACUCUAAGCAAACAUGAUGUGCCCUUUAUUCACAACAUUUAACAAUUGUUACUUGAGCAGUUUUGCCCUUAGCCUAAAUACCAAAUCAUGAAUAAACAUUCAUAAAAAGGAAUUUGGGCCCGCUUAUUGUUCUGCAAAUGCACUGCUAGAGGUUUAUAGCAUGGAUAUCUAUCCAAAGUCUUGAGUGUAAAGUUCAUAUAACAAACCCCAAGUAAUUAACUGCAGGACUACUGGAAAGUACAAGAGGAGAACAAACCAGGGAUUGGAUCAUUCGUUUCUGUCAGAAAAAAAAAAACUUUGCAAAGCAGUCACGAUCAUUAGGCUAGUAGAAGCACACUUGCAUAGCCAAAGAAAACUCAUCAUUAUCAAUUCAAUUAUCGGAAUGAAAGGAGCUUCAUUUUUGCAAACUGAAUAUGACCUUAGAACAGCAGGCACAUGCCCUUUAGGAUGUGUUGCCUUCACUCUUCAAUAGGUGGCAGCAUAAACCAUAGCACUAUAAAUGGCACCUUGUAUGGCCACCUUAGAGCAAUCAAAUUCACCUGAAGCACCUAAGGUUCACAUGGACUUGCCAUCCUCACAGCUCACCAAUCUUGGAGGCACCGAUACAUUGUGAUGGAAUUUCAGCCAUUUCCUCAGGGAGUUCACCCAAACACUUCAGAACCAGCCAUGGAGCCCAUGGCAAGUGAGUCAUCUGUGCCCAUAGGGACAGCUUUUGCAGACUUGCUGCUGCAAGGGCCAGAGCACCCAAGCCUGUGGAAUGAUCUCACCGGCAUGUUCAGGAAGGCAUUCCGUUGGCAAGGUGCAGACAAGCGCUUCACACUGUCUGUGUAUGUGAUGUCUGUUCUACAGGGUCUGUUUCCAAUACUUGACUGGUGGAAAACCUACAAUCUGAAAUUCUUUCGAAGUGACCUCAUGGCUGGCCUAACUCUUGCAAGCCUUAGCAUUCCACAGAGCAUUGGAUAUGCAACUCUGGCAAAACUGGAUCCUCAGUAUGGUCUUUAUACAAGUGUUGUGCCACCUCUUGUAUAUGCUGUGACGGGGUCCUCUAGGGAGAUAGCCAUUGGACCAGUUGCCAUUGUGUCAUUAUUGCUUUCAUCAAUGAUUCAGAAGAUAGUUGACCCAUCUGUUGAUCCAGCGUUCUACCGAAAAAUGGUCUUUACCGUGACAUUCCUUACUGGUGUCUUUCAGUUUGCAUUUGGUCUGUUCAGACUGGGAUUUCUUGUGGAUUUUCUAUCACAUGCUGCUAUCGUCGGGUUCAUGGGAGGAGCUGCUAUUGUGAUUGGAUUACAGCAGCUGAAGGGGCUGCUUGGACUUAGUCAUUUUACAAAUAGAACUGAUGUCGUCUCUGUCACCAAGGCAGUCUGGGUUUCAGUUCACGAAACAUGGCAUCCGGAGAACGUCUUCAUUGGAUGUUCCUUUUUCAUGUUCAUUCUUGCCAUGAGAUUCAUUGGAAGGAAGUACAAGAAACUCUUUUGGGUCUCUGCCAUUGCACCUGUACUAUCAGUUGCACUAUCUACUCUGUUUGUCUAUGCGACAAGAGCGGAUAAGCACGGCGUGAAGAUUAUACAAAAAGUGAAUUCAGGUAUUAAUGCAAGUUCUGUCGAGCAGAUAGAUCUCAAAGGAGGCUAUGCUGCCGAAUGUGCAAAGAUUGCUCUUGUUUGUGCUGUGAUUGCUCUGACGGAAGCUGUUGCUGUUGGCCGCUCUUUUUCAGCGAUCAAUGGAUAUCGGUUGGACGGAAAUAAGGAAAUGGUAGCAAUGGGCUUCAUGAAUAUAGCAGGAUCCUUAUCAUCAUGCUAUGUAGCAACAGGUUCAUUCUCGCGCACAGCUGUGAACUUCGCUGCUGGUUGCAAGACAACCGUUUCAAACAUUAUCAUGGCUGCCACUGUGAUGGUUGCCUUGGAGCUUCUCACAAAGCUCCUGUACUACACACCUGUGUCCAUCCUUGCAUCAAUCAUUCUGUCAGCUCUUCCAGGAUUGAUCAAUGUGCAGGAAGUCUGCUUCCUGUGGAAAGUCGACAAGAUGGACUUCCUCACAUGCAUGGGAUCAUUCCUUGGUGUUCUAUUCGGAUCAGUGGAGAUUGGUCUUUCAGUUGCACUUCUUGUUUCCUUUGCAAAGAUCAUUAUACAGUCGAUUUGGCCUCAAGUAGAGAUUCUUGGGAGGCUUCAGGGCACAGAAAUCUUCUGUAACGUCAAGCAGUAUCCAGUGGUUCACGAAACACCGACUGUACUGACCGUACGCAUUGAAACAUCAUUCCUUUGCUUCGUCAACUCCAGUUCCAUCAAAGAAAAGAUCAUGGGAUGGGUAACCGAUGAGCGCGAGGCAUUUUGCUCGGUCGUUCUUGACAUGUCAAAUGUGGUAAACAUGGAUACUUCAGGUCUUGUGGCGCUGGAAGAACUGCACAAGGAGCUGGCGUGUCUCGGCAUCCAGAUGGCUAUAGCCAAGCCUGGAUGGCAGGUGAUCCACAAGAUGAAACUGGCACGGCUCGUCGACGGAAUCGGAGAAGGAUGGUUCUUCCUCACGGUGGGCGAAGCCGUGGAAGCUUGCCUGGCAAACAAGGCGGGAAACGCCCUGGAAUGCUGCUGAAUCGAAUCCACCGUGUGCAUGGUCUCUCCGGUGGUUGAAUAAAGAGAGACACUAGUGCUUCGUGGUACGCUACAAAAGGAUUGUGUUGUGUGCUAGUGCUGCACGAUGAUGCAGCUUCAGCUGUAGUGUGGUGCUUCAUGGAUUGUGCGACGUGCAACUGUUGGGGGAAGACGAACUGUGUCUGUCUGAACUUAGUAUGCCGAGUUCGUCUAAAUUCCCCACUAUAGCUGUAGGUUUGUGAUGUAUCGGAUGCAUUUGUGAAGAGCAAAUGCCAGGUUUUAAGUGUUGGAACUGAUGAUUGUGUAAUAUUAUUAUAUUAAUCGAGUUUGUAUAAUUAAUUUGUACUCGA